AGCAGGGAUCCCGGCUGGCUGGGUUGGGAGCCAGCGCCGCGCCGCCCAGCCGAGGGAGAGGGGAUCCCGUGUGUCCCUCGACUCUCUCUGGAACCCUAGCAGGUUCAUGUUGGGAAAAGGUUUGAAACGCAAGCUGAAUGAUUAUGAAGAGAACAUGGCUGGUGUGUCAAGUGCCUUUGAUUCCAGUCGAAACCUGCCAUACCCACUCAAACGUCAGUUGGUGCUCAAUGUUUGCCUUGCCAAGUUACAGACAUAUAAGAUGUUGGUGGAACCAAAUUUACAUCGUUCUGUGCUUAUAGCCAAUACGGUCAGACAAAUCCAAGAAGAGAUGAGGCAAGAAACUAGCCAACAGUCUGUUAACAUGUGCAGUGGUUUAAGUACCACCCCUUCUAAUUACUUAGGUUUUGAUUUGUUUGGAAUGCCUUCACACUUUCUGCCUGGUAUUAUUCAACCGGAAUCAUAUGGUUACGAAUCACGGUCUAUGGAAAGUCCAAUUGAAAAUAGCUUGUUGAUGGUUUCAGAUAAUGACAUGUCAUCAGCCAUUUCCUCUAUUCUAAAAGAUUUGGACUUCAUGGAAGAUGUGAGUCCACCUUCUUACUUGGCUGGAUCUGGAGAUGAUCAAUUCAAGACUUCUGAAAUGUCAGUUCUUAAAUUAGAAGAAGAUAGACAAGACUUGAAAGGAGUAGAAUGUGUGUUUGGUUCCUUUGAAAUUUCAAAUUCAACUAGUUACUUGAAGGACUUAGCUAUUGAUGACAUAUUUGAAGAUAUUGACACUUCAAUGUAUGAUUCAGACUUUGAUUGCCCCUCAUCAACUUCUCCAAGAACACUGUCUGUGGCAACAACAGAAGAAAUGUUGAAGACAUUCCCUUCUUGCAAUUCUUCCUCAGCAAACAACAUCCCAAUAUGCAGAAGUGAUAUCACAGAUUUAGACCAUAUUAUGGAAAUACUUGUAGGGUCCUGACACAUUUGCUAGCCCAAAGAUACAUUUUCCUAAGUUGCCAUACAAUGCUGGUUUAAAGAUAAGUCCCAAAGGGAGAGCAGACUUCAAAGUGUUAUGCCACAAAGGCAGCUACAGUCAUUUUUCUUCAAUGGUUCUCAAAACCUCCCUAAAAUUCCUAUAAACCAAAAAAAAAAGUGACAGUCUGUUAGAUAAAAUGGAGUAUUUAUUAAAUCAAUUGUGCAAUCUUUUUAACCUUUUUAGGCUAUACAUGAGUAUAUCUCAUGUGUUUCUAACUUUUUAAUGUGCAAUUUUAAUCUGUGAAGGAUUUGCAGAACAGUGAUUUUCAUAAGGGGAAACAUCUGAAGUCUAAAGAUUUAUUUUUAGUAUUACAUUAUUGGCAUUCACUGAAAUUGCAUACUUGGAUUUGCAGCCUCAGUACAGUAUAUUUCUAAAGUAUUUAAGGAACUAUAGAUCUCUUCCCUUUGAUUGAAGAUUCUAGAUACUUGGCAGCAAAAUCUCUUGCAUUUUAUAAAACAUUUAAAAUUAUUUAUUUUUGUAAAUUUUAUAGCCUUUUUACAUUUUACUACAAUAUUCUAGAUUGGAGAUGAAUUUCUGGUUGGAUGUGGCUGGCACUACCUCUGUUAGCAGAAAUGCUUUAACUCUUUGCUUUGUCUAACACUGCAGAUCUUUUAGUUUUCUUGGAUGAUAUUUCUGGUGGUAGAAGCAAACACGGCAAUUUGCUGAUUGGUUAAAUUUUAUUGUAUUUAACUGUAAUUUAUAUGUAUAUUGUCAAAUUUUAGAAUUUUGUCAGUAUUAUGUGCAUCAAUUUGGAGGUAAUAUGGCUUUUUACAAUUUAGUAUUUUCUGUAUAGUUUGAGCUAUUUUAAUUCUCUGAAACAGAAUGUUAGAUUUUAUGUGCAAUAUAUCACUUAAGCAGGCCACUUUUGCACAUCCUACAUUAUAAGGAAAUACAUAAAAUCUAAAUGAUGGAAAUUUAUAAUACUGUGUUAUCAGAGGUAUGCAAUUCUGUCUGCUGGCAGCUCUGUAAGAGUUGAAUAUGGCUUGCCUAAGCACCGCUCUGAUUUUGUACAUUUCCUUUUCUUAAAAUGGAACUUCAGUUGUCCAAAGUGCUUGCAAUGGAUUGUAUCUUCUUAGUGGCAGUUUUUAUCUUGGUUUGGCCAAAUAAAGUUCUAAUUGAGUAGAAAUCCAGCAAAUUAUGCUGCCAUUUAAGAGUUAGUAGUCUGCCUACAUAAGAAUUACACUUCAAAUUAAAGAAUAGUUUUUUGCCACAACUUAAGAUGGGUUUGACAUUUGCACAUAAUAUGCCGAAGUGUUCAAUUCAUUGUGUACAAAGCCUGUCCUAGUCCAGCUUUGGUGCUAUUUGGCAGACUGUCUUAGUGCUGGCACCAUUUGAGGACAGCUCUGUAUUGCCAAAAUGUUGACAUUCCAAUGACAAGCCUGUGCUGUUCCAUAGUCAUAGAAGCAGCACCUGUUCACUUCAUACUGAAGACACAUAGCCAUUCUUAUGUUCUAACGUUGCAUCCCUGAGGGAUCCAGUAAAUUUGAAAAUGAUAUAAUAAACCACUCAUUGAGCAAGCAACACAAUAGAUGUAGAUAAGUAAAAAAAAGGUGGGAGAAACAGGAAAAUAUUACCAUUCUAUCUACUACCAGAUAGACUUUUAUGUAUGUACAUAUCCACAUACUCCUCAUUGCUUCCAAUGCUAGCAAACUUAAUAUUUAUAACUA